GGCAACGCUCGGGCCGGCGACCCCGUCGGUGACCCCUUGUCGUUGGAAGAAGCAGGAAGAAAGAGCGCCGUCGCCAUGACGCUGACGAUUGACCAGAUCCUGUCGGAGACGAAGAAGCUGGUUGACCGGCUCCGAGACCACGACACGGCCGCGGACGGCCUGAUUGGUCAGGCUCAGGUCCUCAACAAGCGCAUUGAUGCCAUGAAACAGUACCAGGAGGACAUGAAUGAGCUGAACGAAGUCGCCCGACACAAACCGCGAUCAACGCUGAUCCUCGGCAUCCAGCAGGAGAACAGGCAGAUACGGGAACUGCAGCAGGAAAACAAGGAGCUGCGGGUUUCCCUGCAGGAGCACCAGGCUGCCCUGGAGCUCAUCAUGAGCAAAUAUCGGGAGCAGAUCCUGAAACUGGUCGUCGCAAAUCGACUCGAGAAGCCCUGGACGAGACUUCAGCUGGCUGCAACACCGCAGCACUCUGCCGAGGUCCAAACAAAGAUUGAGAAGAUUUGUGAGAUGGCAGCUGUCAUGGCCAAAGCCGUUGCUAUGGACGAUGAGUAUGUUGCUAAGGAACAGGAGAGAGUGGCACAGCUAGAGGUGGAGAACAAGGGACUGAGGGAACUUCUGGAGAUCAGCACGAAACUCAAGGUCACACACUCGGGUGAAGGUCGCAGGGAGGACAAGCCCCCUCCCCCGUACGUCCCCCGACAGACCCACGUACUUCUCAAAGACAAGGAGCCACCGGCAACAACUGUGUCUGACAGGACAGCUCAACCAAAGGGGCCACCUAGCAGGGAUGGGCUUCCUAGCAGGGAUGGGCCACCUAGCAGGGAUGGGCCACCCAACAGGGAUGGGCCACCUAGCAGGGUUGGACUGCCUAGCAGCGAUGGACCACCUAGCGUAGAGGGGUUACCUAGCAGGGAUGCACCACCUAGCAGGGUUGGACCGCCUAGCAUAGAGGGGCCACCUAGCAGGGAUGGACCACCCAGCAGGGAUGGACCACCUGGACCACCUAGCAGGGAUGGGCCACCUAGCAGGGAUGAGCUGCCUAGCAGGGAUGGACCACCUAGCAGGGAUGGGCCACCUACCAGUGGUGGGCCACCUAGCAUAGAGGGGCCACCUAGCAGGGAUGGGGCACCUAGCAGGGAUGGGCCACCUAGCAGGGAUGGACCACCUAGCAGGGAUGGGCCACCUAGCGUAGAGGGGCCACCUAGCAGAGAUGGGCCAACUAGCAGGGAUGGACCACCUAGCGUAGAGGGGCCACCUAGCAGGGAUGGGCCACCUAGUACAGGGGGUCUACAUGGCAGGGACAGGCCACAGGGUUCAGAAGGGUCAGAACAGACAGGAGAAGUAGUGAGUAGCAUUGUAGAGGUCAGUCUUGUAGAACAGCUAAGGAGGGAGGCGUUAGCUGGUUCACAGGACAUCUCCAGCGAGAAGGUACCUACCCUUCCGGCGGGCCUUGUCUCUCCUCAAGCCAACACUCAGGAACAAACAGACAUGGGAGAAACAACUACAGAUACAAGACAAGACGCUUCACCACCAACGAUGCAGGAAACCGGCACCGAAACAGGACAAGAUGCAACAGAAACAAGACAUGUCUCGGGUGCACAACUUCAGGUGCAGGCAGAGGUGACUGUCUUGUCAGAGGAUGAAAGCGAGACAGACAUCUUGGAAAGUGAGAGUGACACUACUAUAGAGAGUGAAACUGAAGUAGAAAGUGACAGUGAACUAGUUGUAAAUAAAACGGAAGUUAUGGAGAGUGAGUCCACGUGUACAGCGCCAGAUGUGGGCAGCUCAGGGAGAAACACAUGAUGAAAAAUCAGCUUGCCGGGUUAAGGGAAGAUCUGUGUAAUAUAUAUGGAGACAACGGCAACUGAAUCGAUUUUGAAAACUGUCGGAUGUUAGUACCAUCCACUACCUUUUAUCAGUCACCAAGACUGACUCCCGAAAGCCACUGAUGAUUUGAUUUGAUUUGAUGCAUUGAAAUUACAACAGCGCAAUACACGCGGAACAGAGGCAGCUGUUGCUGGUGUUGUGUCCCGCACAUAGAAA